ACGGGUCCGAACUCAAAAAAUGUCGAAACCUUUGAGAAUCUUGGUUGCUGGCGACUCUGAUGGCUGUUUGGAGGUUUUGUUCAACAGAGUGAGAUCUGUGGUGAAGAAGAGUGGAAUGUUUGAGAAGUUGCUGUGCGUUGGUUCAUUCUUUGGAGACGGUAAUGAGAGUGUGAAGACAUACUGGAAGCAAUUGAAGGAUGGUGAGAAGGAAGUUCCUCUGCCAACGUAUAUCCUUGGUCCGGUAACAGCCAAUCAAGUUGAGUUUUAUGAUAGUAAUGAAGAUGGAGGGGAAUUGUGUCCAAACCUCACAUAUCUUGGACGACGUGGAGUCUUUACUCUGACUAAUGGGCUGCAGAUCGCUUAUUUGAGUGGUGUUUGUCGUAAUAGCACAGACAGUAAAACAGAUGAUGGAGAUCGAAAGAUUUCGUGUCACUAUUCGGCAAGUGAUGUUGAUUACUUAUUGUCUCUUGCCACUGGAAAAGACUACAACGGUGUUGAUAUCUUUCUCUCUUCUGAAUGGCCGCGUAACAUCUGGCACUACACAACACAACCGACGGGGGUUGACAUUGAGACCCUCGGCUCAGACACUGUCGCUAGCAUCGCACGAGCUCUCAAGCCACGAUAUCACUUUAGUGCAUUAGCAAAGAUCUUCUAUGAGAGAGCACCUUACAGAAAUCACAAGAUUCUUCGGGAAUCUCAGACACACGUAUCUCGUUUCUUGGGACUAGCAAACGUGAGCAACUCUGAUAAGAAACAAAAGUACUUGUAUGCAUUCAAUAUAACACCACUAAAUAAAAUGGACAGAGAGAGUCUGAUAGUGCAACCAGCCAACACCACUGAGUGUCCACUUAAGUCUGUUCAAAGUGACAAUCGUUCUCAAGGAGCAACAGGAAGUCAUGGUGAAGAACCGGCACAACAGUUUUUCUUUAACCCCAAGGAUGUUGAAAGAGGACAGAAACGACCAUUUGAAAACAGAGGCAGAGGUUCUCACCCUAAGCAUCACAAGCCACCUGGCCCUCAUGCCCCCUGCUGGUUUUGUCUAGGAAGCCCUCAGGUGGAGAAGCAUCUCGUUGUUAGUGUAGGAGACUCGUGCUAUAUGGCAUUGCCGAAAGGAGGUCUUGUUCCUGAGCACAUUCUGAUACUUCCUAUUGGACACUUUCCUUCGACGUUGGAAUUACCCGAGGAUGUUGCUGCAGAAACGGAAACGUUUAAGAAAUGUCUUCGUCAAUACUUUCACAGUAAAAAGAAAUCGUGUGUUAUCUUUGAACGCAACUUUCGCUCUCCUCAUUUACAGCUGCAGGUUGUACCAGUGAGUGGAGCUGUGUCGGAUGAUAUCAGAGAGGAGUUCAAGGAAAGUGCUGUGAACGUUGGCAUCACGUUUGUAGAAUUGGAAAGAGACGAGCCUUUGUCACACAUCGUCGCUCCCAAAACUCCCUACUUCAUGAUCGAGUUUGAUUCCGGCCCUCACCUUGUCCAUCCAAUCAAAGGAUAUUUCCCACUCCAAUUCGGUCGCCAAGUUCUUGCCUCCCCCAAUCUACUCAACGUCCCUGGUCGAAUCGACUGGAAAUCAUGCCAAGCAAGCAAAGAAUCAGAGACAGAGAUGGCAACUUCGUUUAGAAGGAUGUUCCAACCGUAUGACUUCACCAGGGAACUCUAGUGCCUUAGAGACACAUUUUGUAUCUGAACAAUUGUAAGCGACAAGCAGUGAACACUCGUGAUAUCGAUGUUGAUGUUAUGGACAGUUUUGGUCGAAAACUUGAAACUAUGACAUCGUACAGAAAGGGUUAUGAUGUGCAUUGUAGUUAGCCUUGUCCCCAGACUCUCUCGCGCUAGUCUUAUCCGGUGCCCGUAUGACAGUGUUGUAGGGUUGUAUGGCUCUAUUUUAUGAGAAUUUACUUUACUCACUGU